AUGGAGAAGAUAUUUCGUGUACUAAAUUGUUCUGAAGAGGAGAAAGCUCGCUUUGGUGUUUACCGUCUUGAAGGGGAUGUGGCGCAAUUUGAUCAGAGAUAUUUUCCAGCUUGUGUUCGUGAGGAGUAUGCUCGUGAGUAUCAGAAUAUUGCUCAGAAGGAGGAUGAGUCCGUCACAGAUUUCCAGAUUCGAUUUCAGAGGUUGGCUAAUUAUGCUCGGUCUAUUGCUGGAAACGACGCUGAUAAAAUUAUGAAGUUUAAAUGGGCUUUGAAGGAUUCCGUAUGUAACCAUAUCAUUUCUAAUCGCUACGCUACCAUGGAUAGUUUGGUGGACAGUGCUAGAGAUCAGGAGCUCCAUCAGAUGGAUUGUGCCAAACGUCUUGAGGUUCAGGACCAGAAAAGAAAGAGGGAUGAUGAUCCUCCCAGAUUCCAGAAUAACGGAGAAUCUUCGGGCGGAUUUAAACAAAACAAUCAAAGGUACAACACCCGCAGUUUUCAGCAGAAAAAUGGGAAUCAGCAAAAUAGGUCAGGCAAUCAAUCUGGGAAUCAGUCAGGCGGUCAAACUGGUCAGAAUGGAGGAAAUUCUGCUUGUUCACACUGUGGGAAAAUGCACAGUGGUGUUUGUCACUGGAUUUCAAGAGCAUGUUUGAAUUGUGGACAGGGUCAUACUAUUCGGGACUGCAACGCACCGUUGCAGAAAUCGGGAGAUCAGAACAAUACUAAUAAGAAGGAUGAGCAGAAGAGUUCGGGACGUGUGUUUUCUCUCACUGCAAAUGAUGCUGCUAACUUAUCAGGUCUAUAA